AAUAAAAAGUGAAUAUAUAUUUUAUUAGUUUUUAUAAAAUUUACUGAAGUGCAAGCAAAUUGCGUAGAAUGGCGCACGCCGUAGUGAAAGUUGUGGAACGUUGCGAAAAUGCACAAGAAAACAAUACAUUGGAUUUGUCUGAGUGUCAAUUAAUGCACAUACCUGAUGCCGUUUAUCAUUUGAUGCGAAACACAGAACUUAAGACUUGCGAUCUCAGUUGCAAUGUGAUUAAGAAGAUACCCCCAAAAUUCGCUCUUAAAUUUAAUUUAAUAACAGAUUUGAACUUGUCACACAAUCAAUUGUCCAGAAUACCAGAUGAGUUGGCAGAUUUGAACUCCUUGGCACGUUUAAACAUUUCACACAAUUCAUUUAUUGUACUGCCACCAGUUGUGUUCAAAAUGCCUAAAUUACGCGAAUUGGACGCCAGCAAUAACGCCAUCAUAGAAAUCGACACAGAUGAGAUGGUGACCAGUGAUUGCUUGGAGUUAGUAGAUUUAAAACAAAAUCCCUUAUGCCGCGUCUUUCACCGUAAAUUGCAAAACAUCAAUGUACCGUUCCGCAUCGAAGUGUCAGAGUACGACGAGGAUGCAGACUGGUAGUUGCCUCCCUAUUUGAGAUCAUCCUACCGACUGCGCCAGUGACAAUUUUCAAUAAAAACGAUUUUUUUAUUUUUUAAAUGAAAA